AUGAGUCUGCUGCUGCGGGGGCUUUCUAAGGCUCCUGCAACUUGGCCUCAGCAGGUUACAAUCAAAAUUUCUUUUUUCAAAAACAUUUCAUCUUUUCAAAAGUCCCCACUGGGGCCCCUCUGCAUGCAAGGGGGCCCUGCUGCUGCCUUCAGUACCCUCUUGGGGGCCCCCCGGGGGUCCCCCCGGGGAACCCUCCCAAGAGUACCCCCGGGGCCCUGGCCGCCCUCCUGCGGGGCCCGCCUUCUCUCUGGGGGCCCCGGGGGCCCCCGCGGCUCGGGGGGCCCCCGGGGCCCCUGGGGCCCCGGUGGCCCGGGGGGCCCCGGGGGCCCGGGGGGCCCCGGGGGCUCCGGGGGCCCGGGGGGGCCCCCCGAUAAGGACUUGUACGGGAUUUUGGGGGUAGCAGCAGAAGAGGGGCCCCGUGGGAUUCGUGCUGCUUAUUUGCGGCGGGUAAGGGCUUUGCAUCCAGACGCAAAUGUUGGAUGUCCGAAAAGAAAAGAAAAAGAAAAAGAAUUUAAAGAAGUUCGAGAAGCUUAUGAAGUGCUGGGGGACGCUGCGAGGCGGCGGGAGUACGGGGCAGCAGACUGGAGAGACGGCAGAGAUGAACUCGGCGAAGAGUUCUGGGCCCAAGUGCAGCAAAUUAAAAGAGAAAAGGAAAAGGCGUGGAGAGACAUGCAGAGCCAAAGAAGAGCAGCAGGAAAUUACCAGUGGGGCCCCUCGGGGGGCCCCCCGGGGGGCCCCCCGGGCGGCCCCGCUGGGGGCCCCACUGGCCCGUACCCUUUGGGUGCACUUUUUGCUUUUCUGCGGGCAAUGCCGCUGCUGCUGGUGCCGCUGGUGCUUUUCUUUUUAGUCUACAGAAUGGCUCUCGCCAAAGCCAGGCAGGGCGAGCAGCCGCUGACUCCCAUAUUCAGGGACGAGUUGGGCCGGGCCUUCUUUAUUGACUCCCGAGGGCGGCAGUUCAGGGUGAUGGAGUUUGACCUACUCUACCCAACUUCUGGGGACCCCCGUCAGUAA